AUGGAUCGCGCAAGGAAGCGUGAACUGCGCACUCUAAACGAAAAGGCGUGGGAUGGCGAAUCUGACUUGUUCCCCGUUGGAAAGACUCUCGAUUCGUCCCUCAAGAAGAACACCGCUUUCAUCAAACGACUGCGAACCGCCAUCACCGCUGCCACCCUCAGCACAUUCCUCCAGGAAAUCCGAACUUUGAGCCUCCACAAGUACCUCUCCGAGAUCAUAUCUGCCUGCUACGAAGGACUAUGUAGGCUCAAGUCACCCGGCGAGAUCGAGGCUGGCGUGGAGAUCGUCAGUGCCCUCCACCAGCGAUUCGGUCCCGGCGAAUUUACGGAAUACUUGGCUUGGCUGCUUGGGAAAGGUAUGGCAACCCCUGAUAAGAGCAUUCUUAAAACUCUGGCACCCGAAGUCCGCGAGAAGGAGGAAAAGGAGCGUAUUACUCGACAGCGCGCAUUGCUCCGUGUGGUAACCGAGUUGUGGCUCGUUGGUGUUAUCAGGACUCUCGACGACGUUAGCAGACCUGAUGAUACAACAAAAGGAGCUACAAGCAAAACCUCGGAAUUGAAGACCCGGACGGCCAAAGGUUCUGGCGCGGAGCCGUUCCCACUCGAAGUGCUUAAGGAUCUACUCGGGUACGACCGUGAACAUGCAAACCUUCCACUGCUCGUUAUUUUUGUCAAGUCAUUCAGCUGGGAUAUUCUUGGAGUCAAACCCACGGGUACCGAUGGCCGAAAGACAGUGGAGGAGGACGGCACAACGGAGGGAAACGAAGCCGACAGGGACGACGAUGGUGGAAAUGAGACGUCAUCUGAUGUGGACCAGCCAUUCGCCGAGCCAGAAAUGCGCGAACGAUUCAGGAGCAUAUUAAAAAAGUAUUUCGAAGAUGUUAAAGGACAUAUAACCCGGGAUCAGAAAUCGAUACAAUCGCAAGCCCGACGGAACGCUGAAGCAUACGUCAAGUCUGGAGAAGUGUUUGAAGAUCGACAGGCCAACUACGAAAAGCUGGUCAAGGCCCAGGAACGCCUAGUCUCGAAUGCCCAGGUUAUCGCGGAUGCCAUCGGGGCUGAUAUGCCCGAUUUAAAAGAUUCAGACGACUCAUUCGCUGCUUCCAACGGGUCUAUCGGUCUCGUCAAGACGGGCGACUAUCUGCGCUCAAAGGGCGAUGGUGCCGGGAUCUGGGAGGACGAGGACGAGCGACGUUUCUAUGAAAAUUUGGUUGAUCUUAAAGGCAAGGUACCCGCUAUUCUAUUGGAAGAUGGUAAGAAGAAGAAAGCAGACACAGAUGAACAAGUUGGAAAGAAGGUGGACCCAGCCGAAGCCACAGAAGCUAUCAAGACUGCCGAGAACGCUGACGACCAGUCCACAUCCAUCGCAAAUCGAACUACUGGUGCGCAAGUAGAUGCUUUGCUUGCUCGCCUCCCAGAGUUGACCAACAAGGAUAUUGUUGACCAGACAGCCAUCGACUUCUGUUUCCUCAACUCCAAGGCUUCGCGCAACCGGCUUGUAAAGGCAUUGACUGAAGUUCCAAAAGGCCGGAGCGAUUUGCUGCCAUCCUGGUCACGCCUUGUCGCUACCCUGGGCCGAUACAUGCCAGAUGUUCCUAAGGGCCUUGUUGAUUAUCUUGAUGCUGAAUUUCGAAGCCUGCAGAGGCGGAAGGAGAAAGACUUCCUUGGUCAAGUUCGCCUAAGCAACAUUCGUUACCUUGCUGAACUGACAAAGUUUGGCAUUGUUCCUGAACAUGUUGUUUUUCACUGCCUGAAGGUCAGUCUUGAUGACUUUUCGCGCAUGAAUAUUGAAAUUCUGUGCAACCUCAUUGAAAACUGCGGUCGAUAUCUACUUCGAAACCCCGAGACGGCCCCGCGCAUGAUGAGUUUCCUUGAGACCCUGCAGCGCAAGAAGUCGGUCCAGCACAUUGGGCAACCAGAACGUAUGCUAAUCGACAAUGCUGUUUAUUACGUCGACCCGCCAGAACGCUCAGCAAUCGAGCAGAAAGAACGUACUCCUAUGGAGCUCUUCGUGCGCAAGCUGAUCUAUGUUGAUAUGACAAAGAGAAACUACAGCAAGAUCUUGAAGCAGAUUCGAAGACUUCACUGGGAGGAAGCUGAGGUUGUUGCCAUCUUGGAGAAGGUGUUCUCAAAGCCUGGAAAGGUCAAGUAUGGGAGCGUCCACCUCCUCGGUAUCUUGCUCAGCGCGCUCUAUCGCUAUCACCCUGCGUUUGUGGUGAAGGUGAUCGACAACGUAAUCGAGUCUGUGGCUUUUGGUCUCGAGCAGAACGAUUACAGGUUCUACCAGCGGCGUGUCGCAGAAGUGAAAUAUCUUGGCGAGCUUUACAACUACCGCAUGCUUGAACAUCCUGUCAUCUUUGACACCAUGUACAAGAUUUUGACAUUUGGAUACGGCGGCCCCCCUGUUCCUGGUAAAUAUAGCCCACUCGACCCCCCUGACGACUUCUUCCGCAUUCGACUUGUGUCCACGAUGUUGGAGACAUGCGGUAUGUUCUUCAACCGCGGAGCAGCGGGCAAGAAGCUUGACUACUUUCUUUCUUUCUUCCAGUACUACAUCUUUACCAAGGCAUCCUUGCCAAUGGAUAUUGAGUUCUUAGUUCAAGACACCUUUGCUCUUACUCGUCCUCAAUGGAAGCUCGCCGCCGGCCUGGACGAAGCUGUCAAGGCAUUCCAACUUGCUGUUGCUCAAGAUCAAAAGUCUGCAGGCGUCGACAAAGGAGUUGAUGCAGAUGAUGCCACAAGUGACGCUUCGUCUGAUGACGACAACGCGGACAACGAUGAAGAUGGAGAUGACAAUGAUGAUAGUGCGUCCGAAGAAGAGGAAGCAGAGGACGUGGAGGAUGACUCUGACGAUGAGAGCGCUUUUGACGAUGAAGCUAUCGUGGUUACCCGACAAGAAGAGGAAGUUGACCCCGAAGAUGAGGCUGACUUUGAGCGUGAAUACGCCAAGAUGAUGACAGAAAGUCUCGAGUCACGCAAAUUUGAGCGCAAGCAGCUCUUUGAUGUGCCGCUUCCAGUUCGUUCCAAGAACCGGGACGCCAACUCGACAGAGGGAGGCGAAGAUGAGCUUCCUCCUGGUCAAACUAUGGCGUUCUCCUUGUUAACAAAGAAGGGCAAUCGUCAACAGACACGAACUGUGGAACUGCCCUCGAAUUCCACCUUUGCUAUUGCUAUGAAGAAUCAGCAACAGGCCGAGCGGGAGGAACAACAACGCAUCAAGAACUUGGUGCUCAACUAUGAUCUUCAGCAGAGCGAGGAUCAGGAUGGUGGUACAAACCCCCAAUUCCCAAAUCUUGAUCGCAACACCAAUAUUCACAUGUCAACUCAGGCACCGAACGACCGGCGACGUACUACCACAAUCGGCUGGAGAGGUCGAACAAAGACCGGGGACAGAGAUCCCGUAAACUCCAACUCAGCGAUGUCGACUGGUAAACAGACACACGGGUAA